AUGACUGUGACUCCAUCCCACAGUCGUUUCAAGCUUACACCCUCCAACUCUCCUUUCCUAGCUCGCCCUUCCAGGUCCUCCAGGUCGCCUGGCCGUGGUCGCACACAUGAUAUUUCAAAGCUUUCCCUCAAGCGCGUCAUCGGCACAACCUGCUCCUCGCCUACCGGACUCGAUACUCUCCCAAACGUAUUUGCGUACAUAGCCGGCGGUGCCGUUGUUGUGGUGGAUGUCAAUGGCGAGAACCAUUCCCAACGGUUCUACCGAGCUCGACCGACAGCCGUACCUCUAUACUCUGUAGCAACUUUUCAGAACACGCCUACGACACCUAACGGAACACCAAAAGCGAACGACAGCCGUGGCCGCGUAGGUCCGAGGUUUCCUAACUCACCACAUACCUCGUCCGACUGGAACGAGUCGCCUAGCAAUACUUGGACAAGCCGUGAGCGGAUCAAGGCUGCGACGUGCCUUGCCCUUAGUCGAGAUGGAAAAUAUCUAGCAGUUGGUGAAACUGGCUAUUCUCCACGGGUCUUGGUGUUCAGUUUACACGAUACGUCUUCCGACAGUCCUCUGAUAUCAAUUAGUGAGCAUACCUUUGGUGUGAACUGUGUUGCCUGGUCCGCAGACACACAAUACCUGGCGUCUCUUGGAGCUGCCAAUGAUGGAUUUCUUUAUAUCUGGAAAGUAGACCCGCGAACGGGCGCGGCUAAACUCUACAAACAAAAUCGAUGCACAUCAUACGUCAAGGAUAUGGUCUGGAUAGGCAAUAGCCUCGUCACAUUCGGAGUUCGCCAUGUCAAGAUGUGGAAACCGGAUGAUGGCCCUACUAUCUCGCCUACGAAGCAGAAGUUCUUCAGUGAACAACCGGCAUCUACUCCACCUUCUCAAAGGACCUUGUCAGGGCGUAACAUCCUGCUAGGUGCCCUUUUGGAGGAUACUUUUACCUGCGCUGCUGUCGUCAAGAACUCAAGCCUCAUCAUUUGCUCAGAAAUGGGUAAUGUAUGUAUCAUGGAAGAGGAUGACAGGCAGAUGAAGCUGCAGAAGGUCCUUGACCUAGACUUUGCUAUCUCGACGAUUGCCGUUAAAGACAACGUUGCUUACGUCGGCGGCCGACACGGCCAUUUUGCUGUGCUUUACGUUGAGGCUGUCCUGGAUGCUCAACCACCAUCAGCAUGUAUUAAAGAGACGACAUUCUCUCCUGCGGGGCAGGUUGCUCUGGGUUUCCUAGCGGAUAGGCUUGUCACUAUUGACUCACAGCAAUCCAUCGAUAUUUGGAGCUCUGACCAUGUGCCUGGCAAGGAUGCUAAGGCUAUGGCUAACAUCCCUAUCCCUGGACACGGACAGUCUGUUACAGGCAUUCAGGUUCUACAACGACCUAAUGACCUGGACGCCUCAUUCUUAACAUGGACCAUUUCUGGAAAUGUCACUUUUUGGACACUAGAAGGCCAAGUCAAGGCCUCGAUUGAUGUUCCUAUCGGGAGAACUGAGCCCGAAAACGAGUUGGAUUCUGUCAAUCAACUCACUUGCGCCCGUGCCACAAGUGACGGCAAACUACUGAUUUCUGCCGAUCGCUUGGGCGUUUUACGAAUGACCGACAUCGCAACAAAAGAGUCUGUGCUUGACAUGAAGGCUCACACAGCGGAUUGCCGGUCUUUAAGUAUCUAUGACAACGAAGGCAAAUUCCUUAUGGCGUCCUGCGGACGGGACAGGACCGCACAGCUGUUUCACCGAACUGCGAACGGCUCCAUUGAACACUUCCAGACACUGGAGUUCGCCGCCAAGGUCGUUCAGGUUAUGAUCCCGUCAGAAGAUAAGGUGCUGACCUGUUCAUAUGACCGAACACUUCAGAUCUAUGACAUUAUAACAAAAGAAGGUGAUCCGGAUUCCAUUGCCGCGAUCCCUUCAAGGGCGAUCGCCCUCCGAGCAUCGCCCAGCUCAAUGGUUCUGGGUAUGGGCCAAAGAACCGUCUUUGUUUCCCUCUUGGAUCGAUCAAUUUGCCAAUACGAUCUCAACACCGGCCGCAAGAUCUCUUGCUUUAAAUGCCAAGACGAGACGAAAGGCGAAUCUGCUGUUCUUGACUCGCUCUGCUUCGGACAAUGGCCUCCUAAGGAUCAGGACUUUCUUCUGGGCACAUCCAACACUGAUAAGUCCAUCCGACUAUAUGAUGCCCAGACAGGUAGCUUCCUAGAUCGAGAGUGGGGUCACACUGAAGCAAUCAACGGUGUUUGCCUGAUUGAAAACGAUGAUGGAAGCCGCAAGGUUGUGAGUGUUGCAUCGGACGGAACGAUGAUGAUAUGGAGUUUGGAUCUAGACGAUUCUCAGCCUGGUACAACGAGUCGGGAGCCGUCGCCUGCGAAGGAUACAGUAUCAGCACGACCACCGCUUCGCAGGGUGUUGUCCAAAGCUGAACUGGCUGAGUUUCAACGACCUUCACCCUCGUCAGGCCGUCGAUCGCCAGCUUCAGGUCGGAAAUCACCACCUCGAACUCUUCAACGACGGACUUCUCGGUUUAACCUGGCUGCCAGUGCUAGGACACCCACCCAGCCACUACCGACAAGCCCAAGUAGUACUGUGGCAGAUGAUACCCCAUCACGACGACCUUCUGUCGACACGCGCACUAGUCCCCCGGUGUCGCCUAGAGGAAAGGUUAAAAAACGACCUUCUCUUCAAGCUCUGGGCACUAGUGCCCGUAAGAAGACAUCGUCGUCGAACCUGCGUGGUUUUGGCUCACUAAACAUGGCGACAGAACAAACUUGUCGCCAGUUGAGGUCAUAUAGGAAGAAGCUUGCUUCCUCUGAGCCUAUCAGUCAAGAAAAUUUGACCGAGCUGGACCAGGAGUUACGCUUGACGGCAGCAGCUCUUGGUGACCGGGCUAUUCGAAGCAGAGCCUUGAACGAGACAGUUCUUAGUGGGCUUUUGGAUCAGUACUCGGAGAGACUGGUCACAUUAUUAGACGAGAAGCUACGUCUUAGCUAUCAGCCAAGGUCUCCGACUGAAAAGGACGGAGAUAGUCGGGACGACGAUAGUCCGGAUGAAGAGACACGGGGUAGUGCGGAUGGAUCAUCGAGUUCGCUUUCACCGUAA